AUGUCCGAUAUCCAACUCUACCUCCUAGAGUAUGACAAGAGCAAGAAGGAAGCCAACCGCGUAGCCCAAGGAUCUGCUGAGAAGUUGCAGAACAAGCAAUUGAAACUUAUAGAUUUGAUCGAAAGCCUCGCAGAAUAUAUCAACAAUGAUGAGCCGGCUACGAGGGGCAGGACUAUGUCCUACCUCGCCGAGGUGCUCGAAGCCAUGCCUCCAAAAGUCCUUUCGUUGCAACAACGGGGCCUUUUGUGCGACUUCAUCCUGUCGCGCAUCGUAGAUGAUACUGAGGGCAUAGGAUCGUGUGCCAAAGGACUGCUUGCUCUUGAAGAACGAGGACAAUGGGACAGUGCAAGAGCUUCUGGAGUGAUGACGACACUCAUAGACCAUACAAACCCGGUACGGCAAUUUCGAACACAGAGCGAGAGAUACCCUAUAGUGCAAUUAGUAGAUAGACUGAUGGCGAAAUAUAGAGAUGCGAUUAAAAACGUUCAUUCAACUACCCCCGAUUUCCUGUCCCGGUUUAUUUCAUACUUUGAUGGCGAAAAAGACCCACGAAAUCUCAUGAUAGUUUUCUCAAUUUUGAAGGUUCCGAUGACGGAAUGGGAUACUGGAAAAGAUACUCAGGAUUUGUUUGACGCCGUAUUCAAUUAUUUUCCUAUCACUUUCAAGCCACCGCCCGAUGAUCCUUAUGGCAUCACGGCCCAGGAUUUGAAAGACCGGUUGCGAGAUUGUAUAGCUUCCACAUCUGUAUUUGCUCCUUAUUCUUUCCCGGCCUUACUGGACAAAUUGGAUUCCACCUCAUUGAACACAAAGCGAGAUGUCUUGUCGACACUGCGUGCUUGCAUAUCAAACUAUGGUUUCCAGACAAUAUCAUUAUAUGCAAUCACUCUAUGGGACGCGCUCAAAUUCGAGAUACUGAAUGUCCAGGAAGAGGAUCUCGCUACAGAGUCAUUGAAUUGUCUGGCUGGUAUUGCCAGGCAGCUUUCACUAGGAACACAGUCGCAGCUGAAUGCUUAUCUGGGCCCAAUCAUCAAAGAAUGUAACCAACACCUGGAGGACGCCCCUACAAAGCAGUCUUCAUCCUCCGGGCGGAUAGUCAAGAGCGUAGCGGCUACGACUCCACAAGCAACCAACACAGUCAUCUCAGGCAUUGUACCGACUUUCUUCAGCCUAUAUCAUACUGCUGACAACUUCCCGAAGCGGAGGGGGCUGUUGGAAGUUUUCGGUAGUAUCAUGAAAGCCGACAUCGAAGUGUAUGGAGAUUGGCGCUCCAUGCAUAGUCUGCGUUUUGGCGAUGACAUCGCUGAGAAACCCCCAAAUGCAUUUGUAGAAUAUGGCGAGCAAGCUCUGCAUCUCAUGAGCAGUGAUCUAUCGUCCGCACCUGUCAAAGAAGUAUCGUUCCGGCUUACAGCUCUCGAUGGCCUCCUGCAGCUCAGUAGGAUCCGGGAGAUGUUGAGUGACGAUCAGAUAUCUUCAUUGGUUAUUGACUUUUCUAACGUUGUUGUCACUGAGGAGUCGUACGGCAAAGAUGAGCUCAAAACCGCCGCCAUUAGUGCUCUCGUUGAGAUCGCUCAUCAGAAACCCCAACUCGUCAUUGACAAAGCAUUUCCUACAUUCUUGGCAAACCUGCCCGACACCGAUACUGGAGCGACAACGAAAUAUGUUCCAGUCCUCGAAGCUUUCGCGAAACUUGCAGAUGAGGACAAGCUGUUUCAGACGGUCAUAAUACGGCUGAAGAGUAAAUUGAAGGCUGCAGUUCAUCAACAAGCAUCGACGAAGUUCCUCUGCGAUCUUCUGACUGCAGUCUUUUUUGCAUUUACCCAUCGAGCCAAGAAAAUGGACAUCGAAGUCAACGCGACACAUUAUACCGAUCUGGUUCUCCCUCUCCUCUCACAGAUAACAGACUCUCAAGAUCAACACAACUCCUCUCUCCAAUCGGAGCCUGUACUGGAUCUGGUGGGACGUAUUUGCGGUACCAUCAUACGACCAUUACCAUUGACAGUGCAUAUCUCGAUGUCUAAGGAGGCCUUCACUCUAUUCCGGGGUGUCACUAACGAAUCAGUCCCUCCCUUCUCGUCUACAUUCGGCGCUGAACAAAGAUAUAUGAUCGUAACGACACAAGUGCUGGCUUCUUUGUGCAAGGAAGCAUCACCGCCGAUUAAGCUCGAUGAUAUGGUGACGGCACUAGUAAAGUUCUGCUUAGCAGAGAGUGUUACGAGCGGGGUGAGAGCCGCAGCACUGAAGCAGCUGUCACUCGUUAUUAACAAGUUCAUACCGAAUGCAGAACUUGCAAAAACUUUAGAACCGGUACUAUAUGCUCCAAUGGAGCUUCUAACUUCUGCGAAGUUGAAUAGCCAGUCCAUUCGUGUUGUGUUUGCUAUUGUCAAAGGUCUGAUACUGCGCAAUAGCAGCUUACUGAACAAAACACUGCCGUCACUGUUAGAAGCUCUGUCGAACAUCGACUAUGGACGAACGAUCGCGCGAGGCUUCAGCACUCUUCUGCAACCAGACGACCUGCUCACCAAGGAGAAUUAUUGCACCGUAUCUGGCCUGCACAAGCAAAAGACGUUCAACAUGCUCGUCCCUCCAAUCGCAGCGUCCUUCCGCGCCGCAAACGCCGCGACGAAGACUAACUACCUCAUCGCCGUCGCCGGACUGCUUCGCUAUCUGCCCUACAACAUCCUCUCGCACGACCUCUCAUCGCUCACGCCUCUCCUUCUGCAGUCCCUCGACCUACCGGUAGAGGAAGCGUAUGUCAAAGAAGCCAGCAUCGGCAACAUAAUCGACAUCCUGACGCACAACCCAGCCGCCAUUGAGGAACAUGCAAACAGCGUCAUCACACGACUGCUGAGUACGACGGACCAGAAGAGCAACCCGACUCAGGUGCGGGCUGUGGCGCUCAUAUGCCUGGCCACAAUUCCGGGCAGUCUAAAGCAAGAGACGACAAUCCCGCUUCGCAGACAGGUGGUCAAGCGGCUGACGGCAGCGCUGGAUGACGGCAAGCGAUCGGUCCGGAGCGAAGCGGUGAGAUGCAGAAGUAAGUGGCUCGACUUGGACGAGGAGGAUGAGGAGGAGUAG